AUGGAAGAGCUGGCUUUAACAGCCUUGCUGGAAUGUCCUCUGUGUUUGGAGCAGCUGGAUGUAUCAGCCAAGGUUCUGCCUUGCCAACACACUUUCUGUUUGACCUGCCUGCAGAAGCAGGAGGCAGCCAGCUCCCAGCUGUUCUGCCCAGAGUGUGGCACCUUUAUCCCAGUCAGGACAGUGGAGGAGCUUCCUGCAAAUCUUCUGUUAGUGCAGAUCCUGGAGGCGCUCCAGGGCUCCACAGGGCCCAUUAGCAGGUACAGACAGAUUGCCCGCUACGCAGUGCCGGUGACCAGGGGCAGUCUGACGCUCAGGGAAGGUCAACAACAGCAGAUGAGUCAACACAGAGAGCCACAACGGUACAAUGAGCUUGCUGUCAGAGCCUCGACACGUACCCAACGAGGUGAUACGUCAGGGGAGCUGGUCCUCACGCCUGGUAGCAGUAUCACCCAGAAACACAAAGUGGAUGAGACCUGGCAGCAGGGAAACACUGGUGACAGCAGCGCUGUGUCUGUCAGUGCCGGCACGCUGCAGGCCGUCAGCCAGAUGUCUAAGCUGCAGCUGCUCCAGCAGUCCCAAGCACCGGCUCUCUGCAGGGCGCUGUACGACUUUAACCCAGAUGACAUGAAUCUGGAGGACAGUAAAUAUUGUCUUGGCUUCCUCAAGGGAGACAUCCUGACUGUUCUCAGACGGGUGGAUGAACACUGGAUUGAGGCCAAGCUAGGGGACAAAGUUGGAAUCUGCCCUCAAGAGUUUACAGAGCUCCUCUCUCAGCACCAGCCAGCCCUUCCUGGCUUAUUGGUUGGUGCUUAUCCUCCUGCCUCCCUGCCUGCCUGCCCAACAAGUUGUAAGGGUGAGUGGAGUAGUGAUAAGUGGGUGUAUUUAGACAGCCAUUUCGCUGAUCAGCAGGAGCAGAGGUUGACAGGCACUAGUAGCAGCCAAACUCAGUGGCUGCCGAGUGACUCAGCUGAAUUUAACCAUCGGAUUGGGAGCGGGGGCAAGGACAAGGCCACUGAUGCGUCCAGCAGGACCACCCAUUACGCAGUCCCUCAGUUCCCAGCGAAGACACCCGUCAUCAGUUAUUUGCCACUCUCUGGCCAGCAGAAACAUUACGCAGCCACCUUUCAUCAGACAACAAACAUCAGCACCAUCAAUAGCAUCAACCGUCAGGGUCAGCCCCGGAACUACUCUGUGCCGUCUGCCACCCGGGUCCACUCUCAGCGAAUUAGACGCCACUCUGAGAGUACACAGAGACACCUGUUACAGAGUGAGAAGAAGAUGGCCAGUGAGGCUCCACCCACCAUCUCUAUGGCUCUGGGCAACCCCCAGAUGUCCUCUGCUUUUGCAGACAGCAAAAACUCCUCCACACAGCAGCUUUCCAUCAGCGUGUGUGCUGUCCUGUAUUCCUACAAACCACGGCAGCCAGAGGAGCUGGAGAUGAGGAAAGGAGAGAUGGUAGGAGUGUACGGAAAGUUCAGAGAAGGCUGGCUGCGUGGGUUAUCGCUGAAAACGGGCAAAGUGGGCAUUUUGCCCAGCAACUACGUCACGCCUGUGCUCAGAACCUCGGCCAGACUCCUGGAGACUAAAGCAGCUAAUGCAUCUGCACCACUCAGCACAGGAGCUGGAAAAAGAUAUACAGCUGCCAAGAAUCCUGCUGUGGUCCUUGCUCUUGACAGGGUGAAUGCUGAUGGAACAACAUCCUCAACAGGACAGGUCCCAUCUGUGCCAAAUGGAGUACAGCAUGCAAUGUCAUCCACUGGCACUAGAAAACCGCCCUUCUCUGCGGGUUCACAAGGCUGGGACACUGUGAGGCGUAUCCUUAACCCUCACAGAAGCUCAAACCAUUUCUCCCAUACAUCUAAUCUGAACAUCCCAUCCAGCUCACAGCACUUUGCACAAGUUCAGGCAUCCAGUUCCUCACCUGCCAUGCAAAGGAAGAAAAACAGCAGCAUCCAGUCCAGCUCUGGCAGACCCCUGGGCUGGAUGACUGAGCCAGCAGCGCCCUCUGCUGCUGCAGUCCUGAAGGACAGGGACUCCACUGCCCUGCAUGAGGUGACAUUACAGCGUGACAGACAACCUCCCAAUGGGCCUCCCUCAAUUCUAGUCAGACCUGAUUCCUACAAGAACAAUACAGACAAGCCUGCAAAGUCAGUGCGGUUCCUCGCAGAUGAAGACUCCCCUCUGUUAAGACCUCAAACCAACUCCUGUUCAUCGGGAACCCAGACACCCUCCAACUCCCGCCCUGGCCCCCUUCCAUUAGAAGUUUGGGCCCCAUUGCUUACCUUGGGAAGAGACGGACCAGGGCUCAUUCUCAAAGAAGGAAAAGCUCCUAUUCUCAGGAAAGGCCUGGAAACAGCCAACUCAGAUCUAAAUUCUAUGCUGCAGAAACCAGUAUCGCAACCAUCACUAUCAGUCAUAUCAGCUCAGUUCAGCCCAAGCAGACACAGAGUGACAACAACUUAUUUAGCCCAGACAGACACAGAGCUCAGUCUGCUUCAAGGUGAGCUUGUCCUCGUCCACAGACCACGACCUGAUGGGCGGGUUCUGGUUACCCAGGAGAGCAGUGGGCACACCGGCUUAUUCCACAGCAGUGUUCUUCAAGCCCUGGAGAGGCUCAGCUGACUGUGUUAUACUACUCUAGUAUAUUUCUUUUUUCUAUGUAUUCAAACUGCCAAAAGACUUGACUGACUUGCUCAUUGAGGUCCAAAAGAUAAUACUGUCAAAUGACAGUCCUAUGAAGGAGGUGUUUAUUUUUGUCCCGAGUGCAUGUGAGUGUGUGGUUAAAUUCUCCAGAGAUAUAUUUUGUGUUAUUCAAGAUGUAUGUAUGUUUGUAACACAUGUGCUAUUGUAAGACUUUGCACAAAAAACCCAUCUGAUGACUGUUCCUUGUUUAAUACUCAUGUUACACGUAUUGGUGAGUGCCUUUGUCAAAACCCACAAAAAACUAUAUUUAAAUAUGUUUAGAAAAAUUAUGAGGUCAAAUAUCUGUACUGAUUAUAUGGUAAUAAACUUCCAGGACACUAACAGUUUGGUGUUUUACUUCAGGUGUAAACUGCAGCUGAGUUAACAUUUCAGUUAUUCUUUGCUAACUAUACAAGUAUAAAUUUAUUUUGCUUCAUCCAUCAUUAUCACCAGAGGCCCCACUGUUUCACUGUGUGUCAAAUAGUUUGUGUAAAUUUGAUUAAUUAGCAAAACUGAUUGGGAAUACAUGCCAAUAAAGUGUGAAGUCAUUUUAUAAUUUGACAAUCCACUGCCUUACAUUUAUGCCUGGAUGACCAACUGCGCAAAGCAGAAAAUUGCCUCUAAAAACCCUGGGUUUACUUCAGAUGAUUUGCAUGUACUGUACACCAUUUCAUUAGCCACAAACCUAUUAAACAUCUGCACCACUUGAA